AUGCCACCGCAGCAUCUCGCUCUCCCUCGUGGGUCACUGAUACUUGUUACAGGUGCAAAUGGAUACGUUGCCUCGCAUGUAAUCAAUAGCUUACUCGCGCUUGGAUACCGCGUACGAGGCACUGUGAGAGCAUCAAAACCAUGGCUGGAUGAAUACUUCGUUGGAAAGUAUGGACCUGGAACGUAUGAAAGCGUGGUAGUUCCCAAGUUCGAUGCUGCUGACGCUUUUGGGGGCGUCAUGCAAGGCAUAGAUGGAGUGGUUCAUGUCGCAACGGAAAUUUCCUUCAAUCCGGAUCCGAAUUAUGUUAUUCCACCUGUGAAAACAGCCGCGGAAAAUAUCCUCAAGGCUGCUGCGGCAGAGGAAUCGGUUAAGCGAGUUGUCUUUACGUCCUCUGCAGGUGCUGUACUCUUACCUAGAGUUAAUGAUGAAUAUUCUGUGGAUGAGGACACGUGGAACGAUUUUGCCGUUCAAGCCGCAUGGGAUCCAAACUCCCCAGAGGACUUUCGGGGCCCUUUGGUGUACUGUGCAUCCAAAGUUGAAUCAGAACGUACGGCGUGGAAAUUCAUGGCAGAAGAGAAACCGAGCUUUGUCUUCAAUUCCGUCAUACCUAAUAUCAACUUUGGACGUAUUCUUCAUCCUCAGAUUACUGGAUCCUCUAUGGGUUUGACAAGAGCACUUUUGAAAGGAGACCAGAGUGUUACGAAACUGCUUAUUCCACAAUGGUUCAUUGACGUCGAAGACGAUGCGAAGAUCCAUACCAUUGCCCUUUUGGAUCCUAGUGUUGGAUCUGAACGCAUCUUUGCAUUUGCAGCCACUUAUAACUGGACCGAAAUUUUGGGCAUCAUGCGAAAGUUGCGUCCAACCAACGAUAUUAUCCCUGCUUCGCCAGAAAAUGAAGGUCAUGAUUUGGGUAAAAUCCUACCAGCUAGGCGGGCGGAGGAGCUGCUCAGAAACUUUUAUGGGAAAGGAUGGACAAAGCUAGAAGAUAGCAUUGCGGCCGGCAUAGAUGGUGUGGAGUAG